UGACUUUGGAUCUAAGUUUGUUUCUGGGUUCUGCUGCUCGGAGCUGGGACGCGAGAUGCAACGUAACCAAGGAGCCCUUUGUCAGGGAUGUGAAAUCGCCUGCCUCGCGCGGGACUGAUAUUUUUACCCUGUCCCCGAUGAUCUCUGGGUGCAGCAGAAUUUGAUUUGAGAAGAUACAUGCAAAGAGAAGCUGUUUCCUGACGGGAGCGGGGGAGGAAGAAUCCCAGCUGAUUUAUUUUGGCUGCAGCCUUUCUUUGCCGCCUUGCUGAAACUUGCUGUGACAUUUUAACCUUGCGGUCCGUAAGGAGUCUAGGAACUCACUAGCCACCUCAGCUUGGGAGCCCUGGGUGCUUCACACAGGUAGUUGGCAUGGCUGCUGUCCUCUUUGGCUUUGAGGACCUGUUCUACAGCUGGGACAGCCUGGUGUGGAACUUGACUUCACGGGCUUUGAGGACCUGCCGCUUUGGAAAUCUGAGGGUCCUGCAGCUGAUGCUGAAGCCAUGGUGCAUUUCCAGAGCUGUCUACCAGAUGACGGAGGGCCGCCGAUGUCAAGUGCACCUCCUCGAUGACAGGAAGCUGGAACUUCUUGUGCAGCCAAAGCUUUUGGCCAAGGAGCUGCUUGACCUGGUGGCAUCUCAUUUCAACCUGAAGGAGAAAGAAUACUUUGGCAUUGCAUUCACGGAUGAAACGGGACAUUUAAACUGGCUUCAGCUGGACCGGAGAGUACUGGAACAUGACUUCCCCAAGAAGUCUGGACCGGUGGUUUUGUACUUCUGUGUCAGGUUCUACAUUGAAAGCAUCUCCUAUCUAAAAGAUAAUGCCACCAUCGAGCUGUUUUUCCUGAAUGCAAAGUCCUGCAUCUACAAGGAGCUCAUUGAGGUAGACAGCGAAGUGGUGUUUGAAUUGGCUGCAUACAUCUUGCAGGAAGCGAAAGGAGACUUCUCAAGCAAUGAAAUUGUAAGGAGCGAAUUAAAGAAGCUUCCAGCUCUCCCAACACCAGCACUGAAGGAGCAUCCAUCCUUGGCUUACUGUGAGGACAGAGUCAUCGAGCAUUACAAGAAGCUGAAUGGACAGACAAGGGGCCAAGCAAUUGUAAAUUACAUGAGCAUUGUAGAGUCCCUCCCGACGUAUGGAGUCCAUUAUUAUGCAGUGAAGGACAAGCAGGGAAUUCCUUGGUGGUUGGGACUUAGCUACAAGGGGAUCUUUCAGUACGACUACCAUGACAAAGUGAAACCAAGGAAGAUCUUCCAAUGGAGGCAGCUGGAGAACCUGUACUUCAGAGAGAAGAAGUUUUCCGUGGAAGUUCAUGACCCACGCAGGGCAUCUGUGACCAGGAGGACGUUUGGGCACAGUGGCAUUGCUGUGCAUACAUGGUACGCCUGCCCCGCACUCAUCAAGUCCAUUUGGGCUAUGGCUAUUAGCCAGCAUCAGUUCUACCUGGACAGGAAGCAGAGUAAGUCCAAGAUCCAUGCUGCAAGAAGCCUAAGCGAGAUUGCGAUUGACCUGACGGAAACUGGAACACUGAAAACCUCGAAACUAGCCAACAUGGGGAGCAAAGGCAAAAUUAUCAGCGGCAGCAGUGGGAGCCUCUUGUCAUCAGGUUCCCAAGAGUCGGAUAGCUCUCAGUCUGCCAAGAAGGACAUGCUGGCUGCCUUGAAAUCCAGGCAGGAAGCGCUGGAAGAGACGCUACGCCAGCGACUGGAGGAGCUCAAGAAGCUGUGUCUCCGAGAAGCGGAGCUCACAGGAAAGCUGCCCAGAGAGUACCCCCUCGACCCAGGGGAGGAACCACCCAUCGUACGGAGAAGAAUAGGGACUGCCUUUAAACUGGAUGAACAGAAAAUCCUGCCGAAGGGAGAGGAAGCUGAGCUGGAGCGUCUGGAGAGGGAAUUUGCAAUCCAGUCCCAGAUCACCGAGGCUGCCCGACGCCUAGCCAGUGACCCCAACGUCAGCAAAAAGCUGAAGAAGCAAAGGAAAACCUCUUACCUGAAUGCACUGAAGAAACUGCAGGAGAUUGAAAAUGCCAUCAAUGAGUAUCGUAUCAAAUCUGGGAAAAAGCCAACGCAGAGAGCCUCCCUGAUCAUAGAUGAAGGAAACAUUGCCAGUGAGGACAGCUCCCUCUCAGAUGCCCUCGUUCUUGAGGAUGAGGAUUCUCAGGUUACCAGCACCAUAUCCCCUUUACAGUCACCUCACAAAGGACUCCCUCCCCGGCCGCCCCUGCAUAACAGACCACCUCCUCCACAGUCCCUGGAGGGGCUCCGACAAAUGCACUACCACCGGAACGACUAUGACAAGUCCCCGAUCAAGCCCAAGAUGUGGAGUGAGUCAUCCCUGGAUGAACCCUAUGAGAAGGUCAAAAAACGUUCCUCACAUGCUCAUUCCAGCGGUCAUAAGCGGUUCCCCAGCACAGGAAGCUGCGCAGAGGCUGGAGGGAGCAGUUCCCUGCAGAACAGCCCCAUCAGGAGCCUCCCGCACUGGAACUCCCAGUCCAGCAUGCCAUCGACGCCAGAUCUACGGGUACGCAGUCCACACUAUGUCCACUCCACGAGGUCAGUAGACAUCAGCCCUACCCGACUGCACAGCCUAGCUCAGCACUUUAGACACAGGAGCUCCAGCUUGGAGUCGCAAGGCAAACUCCUUGGCUCAGAGAACGAGACGGGGAGCCCCGAUUUCUACACCCCAAGGACUCGUAGCAGUAACGGCUCCGACCCCAUGGAUGACUGUUCCUCCUGCACCAGCCAUUCCAGCUCUGAGCACUACUACCCUGCUCAGAUGAACCCAAACUACUCCACGCUGGCAGAGGACUCCCCCUCGAAAGCCAGAGAGCGGCAGAGGCAGCGACACAAGUCAGCGGGGAACUUAGUCUCUUCGAAUUCAGGGAGCAUGCCCAACCUGGCUGCCAGGAAUGGAACAGGCCACCAUGGGGUCUACCUGAACAGCCAGAGCCAGCCGUCCUCUCAGUACAGGAUCAAAGAGUACCCCCUGUACAUCGAGGGCAGCUCCACACCGGUGGUGGUGCGGAGCCUGGAGAACGACCAGGAGGGGCACUACAGUGUGAAAGCACAAUUCAAAACGUCCAAUUCAUACACGGCGGGGGGGAUGUUUAAGGAGAACUGGCAUGCGGACGAAGUGGACUCGGUGAGACUGACCCCUUCCCGGUCUCAGAUCAUAAGGACUCCGUCUCUGGGUAGAGAGGGCCAUGAGAAGGGCUCGGGCAGGACUGCCGUGUCAGACGAACUCCGGCUGUGGUACCAACGGUCCACAGCCUCCCACAAGGACCACAGCCGCCUGUCGCACACGAGCUCCACAUCCUCAGACAGCAGCUCCCAGUACAGCACAUCUUCUCAAAGCACCUUUGUGGCGCACAGCAGGGUAACGAGGAUGCCUCAGAUGUGUAAAGCAACAUCAGCUGCCUUACCUCACAGCCAGAGGAGCUCGACACCAUCUAGCGAACUAGCAGCUACACCACCAAGCAGCCCCCACCACAUCCUGGCAUGGCAGACUGGGAGCUACAAUGAUAGCUGCUUCCUGGAUGCUCCCCUCUAUCCAGAAUUAGCUGAUGUCCAGUGGUAUGGACAGGAAAAAGCCAAGCCUGGGACUCUAGUGUGAACCCCUGACCUCAAUCUGAUCACAUCAAUGCCAUUUUGAGAUCACCUCACUGCCUCUUCAUUUGCCUUACCCAGAUGCACUGUCACCCGGCACCAGCUUCAACUCUAAGCACUUUUCUCGAAAACAUGAUCAAGGAUAACACUACCAACCACCGACCCCACAACUAGCAACAGAUCUCAGUAUUUCCAACCACAUUGCCACGGACUAGUAGAUGCCUCCUGCAGCCCCAAAGGGCAUAGGUGACACAUGAAUAACUACACUAGUCAGCCAGGUAGUGAUUAAUUUAAACAAAUCAUGAAAACCUUUCAAAGUCUAGGCACCAGCCUAGUGUUCUGUGGCAGGUAUAAAGAGUAGGAUUUCUCCAACCCAUGAGCUGAUGGCAACACAGCAUCAGUAGAAAGGUUGGGGAGACAACAUUUGCCAAGUCAAUCUCUUACUCCUGAAGUAUUUCUUCUCUGAAGAACUGUAAAGAAAAGCUUGUCCCUUCACAGACAUGUCAGAAUAUCACAUCCAGUUCUGUGCUGCCAAAGAUCCCCCCCAAAAAGGCAUCAAGUCAAGCAUGCUUAGCAGUUUCUUGCCACAAAAAUCUCUCUCAUUUAAGCCCAUUUCCAGACACAGCAGUUUGCUAUUUGGAAACGGUUUUAAUCUUCCUUCAAGCCCUGCCAAAAACUUGGCAUACCCCAAUGUGAUGAAGACACACUGGAGGGUGGGCUGGGAUUGCUAAUGCAAUCUUGAAAAGCUACUAUUAAACAGGACAGACAAGAAAGUUGACCAGGCUAUGAACUAAAGCAGAGGCAAGUACUGCUGGCUCUUAGCUGGCACAGACUACCACAGACACAGCUAUUUUUUUUUUUUGGUUAAUAAUUUGAUAAGGAAGGUGACAAAUUGCCAAAAGCCAUUAUUGGACUAGAACCAACCAAUCAAUUAUAGCAGAUUUAUGCACAAAGUGGUUAACAUGAAAUCAAAAGGAAGCACAGCCUGCUUUGACAUAAAGCUGCAGUCACAUAACUGUUCAGCUGGUUUCAUUCGCUAGCACCAGUGUAGCAAAGGGCUCGUCACCAAUGUAUCACUGUCCGAGAGGAGCCAGUCCGCCAUUACGGGAGGGCCCCAGUACUAGUGUGUAGCAACAAGGAGACUAGGCAACAUUUUCCAAUUACAAGAAGGGACCGUAAGAAAUCCAAGCUUAUACGUUACUAACUCUUCCAUGUUCCACGCAAAGUAGAGCCGUUUACCGAUACCAAAAGGAAAAAUGCAUGAGAAUGAGCAACGGAAGGAGCUGCAAGUUUACACAGACUUUUGAGCAAUGCUUUAUACAGGUCAAGCCAUUGAACUACAAAGGCCUCAAAGACACUUUUGUAAUGAACAUGUGCACAAUCUAGGUGGGUGUUGAAGCUGGCACAUCUAGUCUUCACUACGGUGCUAUGCUGUUUUUAUUGCCACUAGAUGGGAGUGGGGCUCCUGACCCCGUCUCUCAACUCGUGAGUGCAGAUGACGAUGAUUUCCUAUGGGAAAGGCAUUAACAAAAAACGGCUGGAGGGGGUUACGGUGUGAAAAGCAGAGACUGAAGGUAGCUUUAGUUUUAAAAAAAUAAAAACAUAGUGUGAGUGUGUACGAGUGUAUGUGUGCAUGUGUUUUAAGAAUAACAAUAGAGUCUACCAGACAAGGAGGGCAAGAAAUUGAGACACCCCAACUUGGAGCUGCCACACCUUUUUGCAACGGUAGUGCCAGAAAAUUGUGCUGUAUGAAACGAUGAAAUGACUGGACUGCUGCAUAAGCCGACCUGGAACCAUAAUGGGCUUUUAUGAACACUCGCCAUUAUCAUUAAUACUUUUCCCUGCAAAGUUAAUCAUGUUUAUUUGAAUACUUAGAGUGAAUCCACACCAGCGAGUCACUGUAGGGUUUGGAGUGGGCAGUGGGAUUAGAAGAUGAGGGGAAACAGGCACCAAGAGGUUAAGUGACUUGGCUCCGUAUCUCAUAGGCAUUCAAUGGUGGGGCCAGGAACAAGCCACAGAUCUAAUUUCCACGCUCUAGCCAUGAAAAUUACUUCUCCAUAAACUGACAUUUUAACACUGCAAAUUUAAAAAAAAAAAACAAAAAAAACCCACACCCCUGAAGCACGCAUUAAUCUUUCCAAACCCAAAGUCUGCAGAAAGCUAGAAUUCAUUACACUUGGAAAUAAAACCAUGUUUGAAAAUAAUCAUGCGUAUUGCUAACCAAGUGCUAGGCAGAACUGACAGCGCAAGCUAGUCCCCAUUGUCUGAAAGGGCAUUGCACCAUAUGGUUUUGUCUUUCCCUCUCUGUAAAUUUGGAUUGCUAAUGAGGGAAUUAUUGCCUCCUCCCCCCAAUUACUUUUGAGAGGGGAUAGCACCAAUUAGUAAUGGUAGUGCCAUUUGCUGGUAACUAAUCUUUCCAAAGAUUAAAAAGGCCCAAAUUAAAUCACCAACAAUGCAUUUAGCCCACAAAUUUGAGAUAGAAAUAAAAAUGUGCUCAGAGCCUUUCUCGAAGUAAUUUUUUUUUUCCCCUCUAUAGACUAUUUCAUUAAAAGGAGUCAAGAACAGCAGUACAAUGGGACCUCGGGCACUACUCUAAUAAAAAUUAAUUGCUCCAGAAUCAGAACAGGCCCGCAGUUGUGUAGCAGGGAAACAAAUAGGGUGGCAGCCCUCAAGUUCAUUAUGUUGGGAUUGAAACUGAAAAAAAAUAUGUAUGUGGUUUGCCUGCAAUGCAAACAGGCCCAAGGAGAGGCAAAUAAACGGACUGGGUUUUGCUUUGUGUUCUGCUUUUCUGUUUUUGCAAAUCAAGGCACACGUGAGCCAGUCUGGUAGUAAAGACAGAUUAAGUAAAACAGGUUUUACUGUUUAGCUCAAUUCAGUUAUACACAAAAUGUACAUACAAUGUUAAUCAGGUGCGAUUAACAUGUUUAAGUAUAACAUAGAGGGGAAAAAGAGUUAUUGUAUACAAGCACUUGACUACCAAUUUAUUGGCCCCUCAUUACCUUUUUUUUAAAGGAAGCCCUCCCCAUUCUGAAAUAAAGCCACUAUUGCAUUCUUAGUCUACAUGUAUGAAGCUCCCUCUGUUUAGCCAGAAGUGUGGUGUUUUCUCAGACACCACCCUAUGUUGUGAGGCAGGGUUUAUUUUUAAAUGAUAUUAUAUGCAGUCGAGUGUUAAAAAUGUUGAAAAGUUCAAAUCUGUUUUCACUCUGUAUUAGUUUUAGUUCUGGACAUAGCAAACCCCAUUCAGGUGCUAUCAGAUGACCAGUUACUGCUUAGUUAACUAGAUGUAAAGUUUUACAUAUAUAUUAAUGUCAAUAGUUUUAUUACAAGUUGUGUAAAAUGGACUCUCUAGUUUAAAAAAAAAGAAAAAAAGAAAAAAUUAGGUCUCUCCUAAAACCAACUUUAGAGCAUGUAAAAUGAUUUUACUGGAUUCUGUUCAACUGUAAUCAAGGAAAAAAAAUAUGUAUGUUGUAGAAAAAGUUGCAGAAUUAAAAAAAGAUCUGCUUUUAAUUUAUUCUUUUUGUAUUAAGAAUUUGUAUAGUUACCUCUACAUUUUGCAAAAUGGUGUUGUCAACACUUCCUUAUUAAAGCAUUUUCAAAAUGAAA